AUCAUCAUUCAUCAACCUCAGCACAAAUGGCCACGUCUUCUAUUCUCUCACUCCUUGUCCUAAUCUCAUUUCUGGUCCUAAUCCAACCCUCUCACGGUGGUGGCAUAGCCAUCUACUGGGGCCAAAACGGGAACGAAGGUACCCUAAAACAAACCUGCGCCACCGGAAAAUACAAGUACGUGAACAUAGCCUUCCUCAACGUCUUCGGCAGCGGCCAAACACCACAAAUCAACCUAGCAGGCCACUGCAACCCAGUCUCAAAUGGUUGCGCCACCGUCGGCCCCGAAGUCACAUUCUGUCAGAGCCUAGGAGUCAAGGUGUUCCUCUCCCUCGGCGGCGGAAUCGGAAACUACUCUCUAUCUUCUGUUUCUGACGCAAAAGAUGUAGCCAAUUAUCUAUGGAACAGUUUCCUGGGGGGAAAAGGAAACGGCAGAGACAAGUCAGCUACUACACGUCCCUUCGGCGACGCCGUUUUGGAUGGGAUAGAUUUCGACAUAGAGCAAGGUGCAAAUCCAUAUUGGGAUGACCUUGCACGUUAUCUCAAGGCGUAUAGCAAACCAAGAAGAGCUGUGUACUUAGCUGCAGCUCCUCAGUGUCCAUUUCCCGAUGCGUUCGUCGGCGGUGCGAUUAGUACAGGGCUUUUCGACUAUGUUUGGGUUCAGUUCUACAACAAUCCUCCAUGCCAGUAUAGCUCAGGUAACACUGACAAUAUUCUAAACUCGUGGAAUAAAUGGACUACGUCUAUACAAGCAGGGAAGAUAUUCCUGGGGUUGCCGGCGGCUCCAGCGGCGGCUGGAAGUGGGUUCAUUCCGGCUACGGUGCUGAAUUCUAAGAUACUUCCGGUGAUAAAGAAGUCGUCGAAGUAUGGUGGAGUGAUGUUGUGGUCAAAGUAUUAUGAUGAUCAAAGUGGUUAUGGUUCCUCCAUUAUCAAAAAUGCCUUGGACAAAAUUAGAGUCGAGAGCCUUACAGAUAAGAACAAGCUUGAUGCUCAACCGGAGCUUUUCAUCAGGCUCGUCCCUGAUAAGACCAACAAUACCCUCUCCAUCAUUGAUAGCGGUAUCGGCAUGACCAAAGCUGGUCAUUGGGGGUUCGACCUAAUUCAAAUAUACUCAUGUAUAUGUAGAUUUGGUGAACAACUUGGGUACAAGGUCGGGGACCAAGGAGUUAAUGGAGGCAUUGGCAUCCGGAGCGUCUGAUGUGAGCAUGAUUGGAAAGUUUGGUGUUGGCUUUUACUCGGCAUAUCUUGUUGCGGAGAAGGUCAUUGUGACUACAAAGCACAAUGACGAUGAACAAUACAUUUGGGAAUCCCAUGCUGGUGGU